AUGGCAAGGUUAAUCCGCAUAGCGCAACCGAAAACCGCAGACGAUAUCAUGAAUGCCAGUGAAGUGGCGAGCGUAAGUAGAAUUAACGACAACGAGGCCCAAUUGCGGUAAGUAAGUACGCGGAUUAACAAGAAGUAAACAGAAAUAAGCGGUGGAGGAGACGUGGCAGCAGAUGGCGUACGAGUUGGCGUAAUAAAAAAGAUAACAACAUAGCUAGCAACCGUGGAAGUUCCGAAAAAAAGAGUAAAGCAGGGCAAACGCCAUGGCCGAUUUUAUUAUCGGCGUAUUAGUUGUCUUCAUUUGGACCGCGGACUGCAAGGAAGCCGACAACGGCAGCUCCGAUAAUCAUUCAGCCAAAGAAAUUUGAGGAAAUCCAGGAUGUGAUUCAGUCGUCUAAACUUCUGCAGUAUUGCAAGCUAAGGGACGGCUGGCCUCGAAAGUAAUAUGUUGAUCACGCGUGCCAAUGCGGUCGCGACUACCGCAACAUCAGACGGAAGGCUAACAAGUAUACUAACCCUAAGACUAACCAUAGCUCUAAGCAUAACCCUGAUACUAAACGUAAAGCGAGCCCUAACCCUAAUCCUCACAUUGACCCUAAUCCUAACCCUACACAUAAACCUAACCCUAACCCUAGACCAAAACCUAACACUAGCCCUAACCGUAACCCUAGCCCCAGCCCUAAACCUGACCCUACGCUUAACAUAAACCUAACACAAAACCUAAUACUAAACCUAAGCCUGACCCUAAACCUAACCCUAGCUCUAAACCUCACCCAAGCGCUAACCCUGAACCUAACCCUAGCACUAACCCUAACUCGAACCCUAAACGCAACCCUAAACCUAAUCCUAACCCUAAUCCUAAUCCUAAACAUAAACCUAACCCUAACCUCAAAACUAACCAUUAUCCGACCCGAACCCUAGCCCUAAAACUAAACCUAAACCUAACGCUAACCCUAAACCUACAAUUAAACCUAAAACUAAGCCUAGCACUAAACCUAACACGCCUUAACCCUAACCCUAACCCUAAACAUAAAAUGAACCCUUAUCCUAAUCCGAACCAAAUCUUAAAGCAACGCCUAACCCCAAUCCUAAUCCGAACCCUGACAGUAAACUUAACCCUAACCCUAAUACUAACCCUAACACUAUUCCUAAACUUAAUCCUAAACCUAACCUCAUCCCUAACACUAAUUCUAACCCUAAACCUAGCCCUAACCCUAGCCCAAACCUAGCCCUAACCCUAAUUCUACACAUAAACCUAACCCUAACCGUAACCCUAAAGCUAAUCCUAAAAAUAAACUUAACCCUAACCCUAAACCCGAAACUAAAAUUAACCCUAGACGUAACCCUAAACCUGACCCCAACCCAAAAAACUUACCCUACACUUAGCCCUAAACCUAACCAUACACUUAACCCUAAUCCUGAACCUAACACUAACCCUAACCUUACAAUUAAACCUAACACUAACCCUGGCACUAAACCUAACCCUAGCCCUAACCCCAACCCUAAAACAAACCCAAAUCCUAAUCCGAAUGCUAACCCUAAACUUAACGCAACACAAAUCCUAACACUAUUCCUAAACUUAACCCUAACACUAACCUCAUCCCUAACUCUAAUACUAACCCUAACCCUAGGCUCAAACCUAGCCAUAACCCCAACGCUAACCCAAACCCUAAACCUAAGCCUAAUACUAAAAUUAAUCACAAACUUAACCCUAAACCUAACCCCAGCCCAACAACUUACCGUAAACAUAACCCUAACCCUUAACCCUACACGUAACCCUAACCAUAACCCUAAUUUUAACCCUGACCCUAACCUUAACCCUAACCCUAACCAUAACCCUAACCCCAAACCUGACAUUAACCAUAACCCUUAUUCUAACCCACAGGACCUGGCAGUCGAGACCAUCGAACUACUCCUACGAGAGAAAUACGACGAAACGGAGAAUCGCCUCGGACACGCCCAAAUCAUCCAGCUCCUGAAGUUCUGUCUCAAGACGUACUUUACGUUCGACGGAACAAUCUACGAACAGGUGAAGGGAACGCCAAUGGGCUCGCCGAUUUCGGGACUCAUAGUCGAGGCGGUCCUGCCACGGCUGGAGUCGCUGGUUUUCCGACACCACAGACCGAAAUUCUGGGCUCGGUAUGUGGAUGGCACCUUAGUCAUCGAACGGAAUCAGGUGCUGACGUUCAAAGAACAUCUCAACGCCGUCUUCCCGGACAUUCAAUUCACGAUGGAGGAGGAGAAAAACAACCAGCUGGCCUUCCUGGAUGUCCUCGUCUGCCGCAAAGAUUGUGGCGGCCUAAAAACCAAAGUGUUCGUGAAAGCCACAAAUACGACGCAAAUACUGAACUUCAAUAGCAACCACCCGAUCAGUCACAAACGCAGUUGCGUAAGGGCGCUAUACCGGCGCGUUGAGACGCACUGCAGUGAAAUUGAAGACAAGGUUGCUGAAUUACAAUACCUUCGACGGGUAAUGAGAGCCACUGGUUACCCGCAUAACUUUCUCAACCAGUGCAUACGAAAAGGACACCAGAGACCAAAUCCACCCGGUCCCAAAUUUUGGCGGGCCCUUCCGUAUGUGAAAAACGUCUCGGAAGCCGUCUGUCGUCUUCUCACUCCACUUGGAGUUGGGGUUGCAACAGGCCGGAAGCAACCAUUAGGCGCAAGUCAUGAGGCCAAAAGAUCCGCUGCCACGACAAGAAACGUCUGA